GAUCAGGCAAACGAUCGUAGGGUCUUAACACCAUACCGCCGGACUGAUUAUUGUUACACGGGAUGAGUUCGCGAUCGCACGCAUUUCGAUCGGUGAAUUCGCGCGAAUUUAUGCAGCGAGUUGAAUAGCACGGCGUAUGCAAACAAGCAAAUCACUGCAAGGACUUUUGUGGAGUUUUGCGUCAUUCAACACGUUAGUGGAAUAUGAUAGUGAGUUAAGUAGUGGAAUAGAAAUACAAAGGAAAAGUGAACGAAUAGUGAGAAUAAUUGCUAAUUACAUCUAAGGUUUUCGGUUCUGCGACUCUCGAACAGUAAGCGGAAGUUGUGCUAAAAAACUCAAGAAGUAAAAUAGAGUGGACCAUUCCAAUUUUCCAGUGUUUGUCGGUUACUAAUUUGAUUUUGUGGUGCUUUGGCUUAGAUUCCUGGCUGAGUCGCUCUUCCUUAAACGAUACGCUUUACUACCCCUUACCAUGGUGAAUAAACAAUAUCCAGUUCAGAAGCAACAACAAAAUUCGAUUAAUUCUAAACAUUAUUCACCACCACCAGUGCGGAAUCCGUCAAUGAUUUCGAAUACCCCGAAUCCUAUCAACAACAAUCAAUUAGAAGAUUCUAUCGAUUUCACCGAGCAGCGGAAGAGGCCAGAGUCAGUAAGGGUGGAUAAAAAAACGGGAAAAGCCGAAAGCACCACAUAUGAAAAAAACAUAACGCUCGGACAUAAAAUUUUCGGUAGCCAGAACGUGAAUCAGGCUUCGAAAUCUCCUAAGGACAAUCUGGACGAAGUGCCGCGGUUUAUGCAGAAAGAUCCUCUUGAAAUUAACGACAUUGGGCGGUUCCAGUACAUUUUGCAAAUGGAUAAAGAAAUGGCAAAGCAUCCCGAUCGCUUAUCCCGUACAUCAUCGCGAGUUCAAAUCCCGUCCAGCAGAUCAUCGUCCAUAAACAGCUCAAGCAACCACCUUAACUUCUGGAAAGCGGGAUCCGAGUCAGCUAUGACUACAUCCAGCUCGGACUUUAGACGACACGAGGACAUUCAUCGAUAUCUUCAAGAUUUCUGGAAAUACGCUAAAUGGCCUCUUUUAGUGAUCUUAUGCGCUAUAUUGCUAGGAACUUCUAUUUACUUCUUAGUUACUGAUGCAGAUAGGCCGAUGCCAACAUUACGCUUUAAGUUGAAUUCCACUGAAAGGCAAACCUCGAAAUAUAACUCUAUUGAAGGACAUAUUAUCCAAGAAGAGGAACAUAUAACAAAUGGAGAUCUAAGUGAAGAGGAGAAGUUCCAAGUAAAAGAUAUUUUCGAUACGACAGAAAGUCGCGAAAGAACAUCUGACACCACGGUUCCUAAUGAGCAGUCUAGCGUCAGUUCGGCGUCAACUAUAUUGAAAGACGAAAGGAUGACAAAUCCUACUACAUAUUUCCGAACAAAACCUCAAUUUGAAAAUCCUACAACAGAGUUUUCCGUGACGACAGUUAGCCCCUCAAGAAACACCCAAAUACUUCAGAUCUAUACUCAUGCUGGGUUGAAUUUUGAGGAGGAUUUGAAAACUACCACUGAAAAAAUGAAUGCGAACAAGGAAACAAACGUUGAACCUACUAAAGACACUUUUGAAAUCAUCGGUUUUACUUCAGGUCAUCAAAAUAAUUUUGGAAUACCUAUCGAAGAAGACGAAAGGAUUCUUAGAAUUUUGAAUGAAGAACUGAUGAAGCAUGAAUCAGAGAUGGCUUCCCAAACUCACAGACCAACAACUGAUUCUAGUAUAUACCGUCCCCGCGUCUCACCAACACUGCCUGUGAUAUCCCGCGGUAGUCUUUCCACAACUGAAAAUUCUGCGGCCGCUAUCAACAACUACACUGACGUUGGAAACUGUGCAUCGACUUCGCUAUCCAUCUGCCGCGGUAUCCUUCAAUAUGACCUGACCGUCAAUAGCUCCAGGAAAGCAUUAACACCAUUGGAGCUGGAGCACUUUAAGUAUCUUUUUGACUCGAAAUGUUCAUCACGUGCAGCGGAAUUCGUCUGCUCAGCAUUGGAGCCAGAAUGUCGACCAUCACAAAUGGGCAUCCUGCGGCCAUGCAAAAGGAUCUGCAAAUCUAUUCUCGAACCAUGCGCUAGUGUCAUCGCCAGCUCAGAAGUUCUGACAACAACCUUCGAUUGCGAUAGCUAUCCAGACUCCAGUGAUCGUAAUGUAUGCGAAGAUCCUACCAGACGUGGUCGCUGUCACGAUAAUGAAUUCAAAUGCUUGGACUCAUCCUGUAUUCCACUUCAAUGGAAGUGCGACAAUAUUAAAGACUGUUCCCUGGGAGAAGAUGAGGAAAAUUGUCUCCUUUGCGAACAUGAGGAGUUCCGAUGCCAAUCAAACGACAAAUGCAUUCCAGAUAAGUGGCGAUGUGAUCAGUACAAUGAUUGCCCUGAUGGAUCCGAUGAGGCUGACUGCUAUGAUUACGACGAUGAAGCAGGAAAUCCUGACAAUGAACGAUUAACCAAUCCUCGAGAAUUUUCUUUUGCCAGCGUUCAGGAGCCAAAUAGUCCGAAAAACAAGCCAUAUUUGACCAUUUCAUCCGACGAUAGUCACCUGAGUGAUGAAAGUGAAUUAUAUGAUGACCGUUUUUUACCAACAGCUCCAGAUAACGACAACGACACAAACGAUACAAAUCAGGAGGAAAGUGGGGAAAUUCAAAAGGGAGAGGCUAGUGGACGUGUUGUUAUAGGGGUCCCAAAAAAUAUUGCAAAUUUUCAAGACAGUAAGGAAAUAAUGAUGACCAGUGACUCCGAAAACGACUUCAAAUAUUCAAAAGCUAAUCAAACGUUACAAUCCACCACAGUACGAACAGAGGAACUCACGCCUGGCCCGAAUCAGUGUCCAAAUGGAGAGCUCAGAUGUGUCAGCGGAAAGUGCAUAACUGUUGAGCAAUUAUGCGAUAAGACAAUCGACUGUCCUGAUGGUGCCGAUGAAGCUAUGUGCGUCUACAAGGAAGCUCCUUCAACACUUUCCUAGUUAAUCCCCUUAGCUUAGCGAUCAGAACCAUUUUAUUCGCAUUCAUUGCCACCAAUAGUAUUAUUCUGACUAGCACUGUCUGUACAUUGCAUAAUGUUCAAAACAACUCUGCGCAUCAUUUUAUUUUAUUCUUCAUUUUCGGAAAGAAAUCGUCACAAACGCUGAACACAAAAUUGUAGACUACGCUCUAUUGUUAUUACUUCAUUUCAUUAGUUUGUAAGGCAAGCAUUGUAAAUAUUAAACAUCUUCUCACCUUUUCACUUUUGUAUUGGAUUAGUCACAAUUUGAGGGACGGAUUCGAUUAAGAUCAUACUCAAAUCAUUAAAAUAUGUAAUGUAUAUUGUAAAAUCGUUUGUAUAUAAAUCUUAUGCUUUUACUAUAAAAUAAAUUUUUUAAAAAUCA